AUGAUCUAUUGUCAAUACGGUUUUCGACGUGACUCCAAUGGACACGUGACGUGUACAUGCAAGAAAAGUCCAUGUGACAAUGAUGAGACUCCACUCGAAGGUUACUUUUGUGGACGUAGUCCCAAUCGUCGUGCAUGUCCAUCAACACAUCAAUGCGCCAUUGCACCAAAUGAUGCUUAUGCCGUCUGUUGUCCUCGUGCUAAACAACCAUCCGAACGUAGUCUACAAAAGUCGGGCGAGUGUCCAUCACCAUCAUCAUCCGGUCUGAUGGGCAUUUGUAUUGCUCGAUGCACUCGUGAUAAUGAUUGUGAAGGUGAACAAAAAUGUUGUGGUGGAUGUCCCCGUCAAUGCGUAAAGCCUGUCUUUGCAUAA